CCAUUUCAAAGAAGAGAUCUCUACAAACUACAAUUGUGGAAAGUUUCUUGUCUGUAUUGGGACCAGAACAUAAGAUUAUUGCAGUCUACUUUUUGGACCCAAUACCUCUCCCCCUUUCCCCUGCACUCUGAUAAAAGCUUCAAAGACAUUGCCUAACAUCAGCAGUGGCCUGAGUAUGUUCAGCAGAAGAGGCUCUCCCCCAGAAGAUGAGAUCAGAUAUGAUAGACAGCAACAACACCAAAUCUAGUGCUCCUCUCCUGGAUCAAAGGCACUUGAGGAUGGUGACGAAAGAUGGACACAGCACACUACAGAUCGAUGGCACUCAAAGGAAAGGUCUGGCAUACCUACGAGAUGCUUGGGGAAUACUAAUGGACAUGCGCUGGCGAUGGAUGAUGCUAGUCUUUGCUGCUUCUUUUGUCAUCCACUGGCUAGUCUUUGCAGUGCUCUGGUACCUCCUGGCUGAGAUGAAUGGGGACCUGGAGUUGGAUCACAAUGCCCCACCUGACAACCACACCAUUUGUGUUAAGUACGUCACCAGCUUUACAGCUGCUUUCUCCUUCUCCCUGGAGACACAGCUCACUAUUGGUUAUGGCACCAUGUUUCCAAGUGGGGACUGUCCUAGUGCUAUCGCCCUGCUUGCCAUACAGAUGGUCCUGGGGCUCAUGUUGGAGGCCUUCAUCACAGGUGCUUUUGUGGCAAAGAUUGCCCGUCCAAAGAAUCGCGCAUUCUCCAUCCGCUUUACUCAUUCUGCAGUAGUGGCGCACACAGAGGGCAAGCCAUACCUUAUGUUCCAGGUGGCCAACACUCGUCCCAGCCCACUCACCAGCGUUCGGGUUUCAGCUAUUCUUUACCAAGAACAGGAGAAUGGUCAGCUGCAUCAAACUAGUGUGGAUUUCCACCUGGACAGUAUCACGUUUGAGGAGUGUCCAUUCUUUAUCUUUCCACUGACCUACUACCACUCCAUUACCCCAUCUAGUCCUCUAGGUGUUCUCCUCCAAGGGGAUACCCCUCGCCAUUUUGAGCUAGUAGUCUUCCUCUCAGCAAUGCAGGAGGGCACAGGGGAAACAUGUCAGAGGAGGACAUCCUACCUCCCAUCUGAGAUCAUUCUACACCAUCGCUUUGCUUCCAUGCUGGCCCGAGGCACCAAAGGGGAAUAUCAGAUCAAGAUGGAGAAUUUUGACAAGACUAUUCCUGAGCUCCCAGCUGCAGCAGACUCUAAGAGUCCAAAGAGGACUGACAUGAAGAUUCGCAUCAAUGGACAGCACACUGACAGCUUCCAGAUUUCUGAGACUGGUCUGACAGAAUAGAAUUUGGAUGUGGUGCCAUUUUUUAAAAAAAAUUUUACAUUAAACUUUCAGGUUAAACUUCCAGCCUUCCUUUUCCUCCUAUUUUCUUUCCCCUUUUCUCCAUCCUUUUGAUUGCAGUAUAGUGUGCAGAAUAAAAAAAGCAUAAAGUGCUCAUGUAAACUAAUGAGAGGCUGUUU